AUGUAAAUCACAAGCUAAGCUUAUCAAACAAUCUCUACAAUUUUCCAAGAAAAUACUUCAGAAAUUUAGAAUAUUGAAUUCAUUUGUCAAGAAUUAAAAACCAUCUGUACUGUUUCUUACCAACUUAUUUCUCCUAAAAUUUAAUAGAAAUCCAUUAGAAAAAAGAAAAUAAAGAAUAACCUUUAAUAAGAGAACAAAUAUAGUGAAUCAAAAAAAGUCACUAAUCAAAUAUAAAAUAAUUAGACUAUCCAAAAAUAAAGUAUUGAUAGUUAAGAAGAAUUAGAAUCAAAGAUAACCCUUAUUGAUAGUCUCUAAUAAUAAUUAUUGUACUUAAAAAUGAUGAUAUCAAAAAUGUGA